UUACAGACGAAUAAUGGUUAGAGCCUCCAAAAAAUUACCGUGAAACACCCAUACAAGUUCAUAGUUUUGCAAAAGAGAAAACCUACUAAUUUUAAAAUAAUUUAUUCAUUAGAAUUUCAGUUCUUUUAUUAUCGAAGUCGAGUGUGUUACUCAAUUCAUCAAUCAUGAUCUUUGGCUUGCUCCAAGUGCGCACGUUAGACUCCGUGCGCACCCUCAAGCAAUAAAUAGCAAUCAAUUCUCUAACCAAAUUCAACUCCAAUUCCAACCCACAGAAUGAGAAACCCAACCGCCAAAUUCCACCACCACCGCCACCUUGUCCUCCUCUUCCUCCUCCUAAUCGCCGCCGGAAAAUUCCAAUUCUACAAAUUUGCCGACGCAGCUCAGCGGAAGAUCCACAUUACGGACGAUCUGGACGACGUCGUCGACGACGAAGAGGACGACGAGUGGAGAGAAUGGGGCACGGUGAAGGCCCGACCCGACUUCGACCCGCCGCCCACCGACUUCACCAAGAUGCAGGAGGAAAAUAUUAAGGGCCCUGUUUUCGGAUUCGUUAAACUCCGACCCGGAAAUCGUCGGACUUCGAUUAGUAUAUUUCAUGUCGAAAUUUUGUCUUGUGCAUCACGUAUUCUUCACAUCUCAAAGGAGAUGGUAUCAGAAAUCGCCAUGAAAUGGACCAAGGUGGCAAGAACCGGAGCAACUGAAGCCAGGUUCAGCACCGUUGAUCUCAGCACACUAAUGUUCACCAUGCCGAAAGGUCUAAAUGUUUUGGAGUUAAAGGAAUACCUGUUGAGCCAACCAGAGGCUUAUGAGAUCAAGAUAGGCGAUCAGCUCUUCAGAAGACCGGGGGAUCCUACGUUCGAUGAAGUUUUUCGCAAGCUCCAAAUGGACAAGGCUGAAACCUCUGAUGAUACGGCCAAUGACGAGCUUUAACAACAGAAUCACUAGAUGGCUGAAUAUUCUUGUUGUUCCACUGUGACCAUAUAUGACUCAUUUCAUCCACUUGUAAAAUGUUUACAUUUUCAAUUUUACAACACUUUCCUCUAUUUCUGUCAAAACUGCAGAUAUCUUAAUGUGGUUAAUAAACUGUUUCUGCUCA